UAAAAGUGAAAAAUGGAGGAAGAGUGGCCUGAAAAAGGAGUGAGAAAAAGAUGAGUUAAAUGUGGGAAUACCCGCAGUGGAGCCAGCACUCUCCCCUUAGCUGUUAUUAGAAGAAGAAUGCACCACAGUCUCCCAUGAUUUCACUGAGCUUUAUUCCCACUACAACGAGCAGAAAAGUACCCAUCAUAUUAUUUAUCACAUUUCCUGGUUAAGAAUUGGGCCGUAUCACUCAGCUCCAGCCGUAAACAUUUUCUCUGGCUGCGAGAGAAGCCGAGCUGCGUUCCCAACUCCCGUCAUCGCAGCCAUCCAGUUUACUGCAGGCCACACAUUCAUCAGUGUGGCCCGCGGGGAAGAGGGAAAGAGCCUGCUCCAUUACCAGUUCAAAUAAUCCGACAGUCAAGACGAUCAAAACAGUGUAACAGUGUCGAUGUCUCGCGUUUCCACCGAUAAUUAAUCCUGCUCAUACUGAGAAGGAAAAGGUCCGGUUAUUUUAAAAUGGCGUGAUGUGAAUCGGCCUCUGAUUAAAUUCUCAGGUUAGAUCUAUGAUCUGUAUUCUUUAUGAUUUCUUAAAUAUUGUAAUGUGUCAGGCUGCAAGUAGUGAUUAUUUUUAUUAUUGAUGAAUUCUUUAUUUUUUUAAUUCUUGUAUCUAGAAAGUUACCAUCAAAAUACAAAAGAAAUCUUGUUUCGUCUGGCCAAACAUCCAAAACUAAAAGAUAUUCCAUUUACAAUGAGAGAUAUAUAUAUAUAUAUCGACAGAGUUGUGACUAUUAGCUCUCUGCUUCGUUUGUUUUCAUCUCAAAUGAAGCAUUUUGAAGUAACUGAAUGCUGUCAGUGCAUUAACCAGCUAAUUCAUUUAUUGUUUUGGGACUAGUGCUGACGUACCGUCCUACAAUGCUGCUCUGUUUUAUCAUUCACGGGGAAAAAGGUUCCCUGUGCAGUUUCACAACUCAUGUAGCGCUAUGGAGGCCUUUUUUUCUAUGAGUGGGUCCCGGUUUUGUUUCUCUGAAGCACAUGCUAGGAUGUACAUGAUAUUGGAAAUGUCAAAAUGUGGGAACAAUUGUGAGCACAGAUUGUAAUGGAGCUCUGGUCGUGGAAAAUUGAACAUGCAUUGAACAUGCUUCGAUUAAUUUGUUCUGCUGUCAGUCCGACACCGAGGUGCUAUUAUUGGCUCAUGCAGCAGUGUGAGAAUCUGGUGUGUUCAUCAGGGGCCAGAGGGCGAGGGGUCAUGCUCAGGGGAGCCAUCAGUGUUGAGCGGCCAGCUGACCCUGAACGAUCCUGAGAUAGGAUGGCCUCGCCCCCCCGAGGAGGAGCAUUCCUUGCUGCUAGUGUGUGUGUGUGCGUGUCUCAGAGCAGGCAUGCGCUUAUACUAUACCACAAUCGGUACAUACAGUACUUAAAGGUAACGCAAAAACAAGCAUUCAAUUUGCUGUGUAUAUUUAUGGCGUUCAUAGCAUUCAUGCCAAUAUUUUGGCGACGCCUGACGUUUCCUCUUGCACCACUUCUAAUAUCUAUAUCUAAUGGGGAGUUUGCAUUGCAAUUUAAUGAAUACAUUCAUGCUCUCAAGUGGAUAAACCCUUUGCAGAAUCAGUUUCGUGCAUUUCUUUUGUGCGUGGUGUGAGCGACAUUGAAGCUUAUAUGAAUUGCUCCUGGGAAGUUUGGUUUUUAGUAUUUUUUUUCUGUGUGUUUCUGCAAAAGACACACCUAUGCACAACAAUACACAACUACUACAGAGGGAACCCAUAAUCUGCUAAAUGUGCGGAGGGAGACAGCCAGUCUCUGCUCUGUCCAACUGUAUCACAUAAAACAUCCUGAUGGGGCCGGAUGGGACACAUACACACACAUGGAAAACACACACACACACACACUAUUCAAUGCAAAACCAAGUAGAGCACAUAAACUGCGCUGAUGUGAUCCUCUGAGAGCGAGACAGGCAAAGUGUUUAAGUAACCUCUGUAGAGUCGGAGAGGAAACCAACUCCACACCUUCUCCACCUUUCUGCUGUGGAGAACAGACAGCAGCUGAGUGGCUGGACUCAUGUACAAUAGGCCGGAGCAGAGCUCCUGGUGAAAGGUGUCACUUACCUUCUUGGGAGUUUUGAUGUUCACCCAAACUGAAAAGCACCUCUUGCAUUCAUCUCUUCAUCAAGUCAGCUCACUAAAUCCAUUUUUAAUUUAACCGUUCCUCUUUAUAGUAUUUAAAAACUGAAAACCAUGCACAAAAAUGUUGGUUCUUUAUGUCGACAUUUUUCGUGCACUAAGGAGUUGCCAAUAUCAGUUACUGCUGUAACUGUGUCACAACCAAAGCGUUAGGACGGAGCCAUCGACAGGAUUUGUUUGUCAGUUUCAUGAUCAUCAUGAGUUAUGGACUCGUCUUGUUUGAGAUAUUAAAGGGAGGCACUGAGGAGCUACAAUAUGUUGACAUUUUAAACACAAAUCCAUUGGAAAAUAAACUAGCUUUUGAUUUCAACACGCGUUGGUUUCUUUGUUGCUGUUCUUGUAGCUCAAAUAGUUUACCAGAAAAUAUUUAAGAACUUCAAUCUACCAGCAGAAUCAAUAAAUCAAAACCAUACCCUCAUUUACUGUAUGUAACACUUUAAACAUGUGCAGUUAUGAGCAUUUUCCUGUCUGUCUGUCUGUCUGUCUGUCUCUGUGUCCCCUCCGAGUCUCCUCUAAUCAGGCUAGACGUGCCAGAGGUCAGCAGCUCUGACCUGCUGGCUCUGGUUCACCAUAAAUAUUAUGGGACCGAGAACAGGCACUCUCGCUGGACGUUUAAUAUAGCGCUGGGUCCAUUAAGGGAUUCAGACUAUCAGCUUUCACUGGGAUAUAUCGGCUAAUGAUAAUACUGCCUGCCUGCACCGGCCAGUUAGAAAUACAUGUCAGAACUUGAUGCUGCUGUACUUUUAUUUCUGGAAGUUUGUCCUCUCUUUUUUUAUUAACUUUUGGUGUCGUUUUAAAGCAUUGUGUUUGCGUGCAUAGGUGCAUGCUGUGUGUGCUUUGUGUGUGCCGGCAACACAGUGGGCCUGGGGGAGCCCUCUGUCCUCCUUUCCCACGGUAUUUGUCCCAUGAGUCCCCUGCGGUGACGUCAGAACAGAGGUACGCGCGAAUGCCAACGCUCAGAGGUCGCAGGUUCACUUCCUGUCUGUCAGGACCGAACUGGGCAGGGUCCAGUGUGGAGCGCCGAACUGUCUUUAUGAUCGCUCAGUGGUUUAACCUCUCUGUCCCUGUCCUGUCUCCGUCUCUUUCAGGCUAUGUGGCUGAUGCUGCAGCAGGAGGAGCCGGAGGAUUACGUCAUCGCGACGGGGGAGGUGCACAGCGUGAGGGAGUUUGUGGAGAAGGCCUUCCAACAUAUGGGGAAGACCAUUGUGUGGGAGGGAAAGGAUGAGAAUGAGAUUGGCCGUUGCCAGGAGACGGGAGUGGUCCAUGUGAAGGUGGACCCUAAAUACUACCGUCCCACCGAAGUGGACUACCUGCAAGGCGACAGCACCAAAGCAUAUCAGAGGUUGGGUUGGAAGACAAAGGUCACUUUUGAGGAGCUGGUGAAGGAGAUGGUGGAUGCAGACGUCCUGCUGAUGAAGAAAAACCCAAAUGCCUGAGUCCAAAUCAGUCAUCAUUCCACCCAGGAGGGAAACGUUUCAGCACUCCGGUGUUCUGCCAACAGAGGAAGGAAUCUGCUGUAUUUGUUCAUGACUUUUCCAAAUUAAGUAAUUGUGUGCUUUCUUCUUUGUUUACCUGAACCUUCUAUUUUUUUGUGUCUUGUGUCCAUUUCUUGCGUCAUGUCAUUUUGAUUUUGCUUUGCUAUCACAUAGCAGGGAUGCCUUUUUUAUUUCCGCACUGAUCAUGUCAUUAUGUAUAUAGAUGGCAAGGGUUGAAGGUUUAUUUACGUCUUUGCUUCUUUUGAUCGUAACUUUAUUGAUUUAGACGUCAAAGUUCUCUCUGUCGGAGGAUGAAAUGGCCAAAUGUAUAGUUAAAUUAAAGAAUUCUUAUCAUGGAAAAUAGCAAUCAACGGGUUUAUUUAUGAUGAACAAAUGGGCUGUUUGGUAUAAUAAAGACUGGUCUUUA